AACCGAAGGAGGCCCCGCCCCCGGAGGCACCGCCUCGCCUCUUUCCGCCAGCGCCCGCAGGACCCGGAUGAGAGCUCACCACUGGGGGUCCCCGGGAAGUCGCGGAGCCUUCGGAGGUGGCGGAUGCGGCUGUGAGCUGGCUGGGGAGGUGCUGCUGCUGCCUCCACUGUACUCAGACCCGGGUAGCACAGGAUUGUCCAUCCUCCAGCAGUUCAGUGCAACGGUGUGAACUCAGCCUGUUUCAGAGCCUCCCCACCAUGACCUCCAAGAAGCUGGUGAACUCGGUGGCUGGCUGUGCUGAUGACGCCCUUGCUGGCCUGGUGGCCUGCAACCCCAACCUGCAGCUGCUGCAGGGCCACCGCGUGGCCCUCCGUUCUGACCUGGACAGCCUCAAGGGCCGGGUGGCACUGCUGUCGGGUGGGGGCUCUGGCCAUGAGCCUGCCCAUGCUGGUUUCAUAGGGAAGGGGAUGCUGACCGGGGUCAUCGCAGGAGCCGUAUUCACCUCCCCAGCAGUGGGCAGCAUCCUGGCAGCCAUCAGGGCAGUGGCCCAGGCUGGCACAGUGGGGACCCUCCUCAUCGUGAAGAACUACACUGGGGAUCGGCUCAACUUCGGCCUGGCCAGGGAGCAGGCCCGGGCUGAAGGCAUCCCGGUGGAGAUGGUGGUGAUCGGGGAUGACAGCGCCUUCACCGUCCUGAAGAAGGCAGGCCGGCGGGGGCUGUGUGGCACGGUGCUUAUACACAAGGUGGCAGGUGCUCUGGCUGAGGCAGGUGUGGGGCUGGAGGAGAUCACAAAGCGGGUGAACGUGGUCGCCCAGGCCAUGGGUACCCUGGGGGUGAGCUUAUCCUCCUGCAGCGUCCCUGGUUCCAAACCCACCUUCGAGCUCUCAGCCGAUGAGGUGGAGCUGGGCCUGGGGAUCCACGGGGAAGCUGGUGUGCGCCGGAUAAAGAUGGCAACUGCUGAUGAGAUUGUGAAACUCAUGCUCGACCACAUGACAGACACCACCAAUGCGUCCCAUGUGCCUGUGCAGCCCGGCUCUUCAGUUGUGAUGAUGGUCAACAACCUGGGUGGCCUGUCAUUCCUGGAAUUGGGCAUCAUAGCCGAUGCUGCCGUUCGCUCCCUGGAGGGCCGCGGGGUGAAGAUUGCCCGUGCCCUGGUGGGCACCUUCAUGUCAGCACUGGAGAUGCCUGGCAUUUCUCUCACCCUCCUGCUGGUGGAUGAGCCUCUCCUGAAACUGAUAGAUGCUGAAACCACUGCAGUAGCCUGGCCUAACGUGGCCGCAGUCUCCAUUACUGGGCGGAAGCGGAACCGGGUAGCCCCUGCCGAGCCCCAGGAGGCCCUUGAUUCCACUGCUGUAGGAGGCUCAGCCUCGAAGCGGAUGGCGCUGGUGCUGGAACGGGUGUGCAGCACCCUCCUGGGCCUGGAGGAACACCUGAAUGCCCUGGACCGGGCUGCUGGUGAUGGCGACUGUGGCACCACCCACAGCCGUGCAGCCAGAGCAAUCCGGGAGUGGCUGAAGGAGGGCCCACCCCCUGCCAGCCCUGCCCAGCUGCUCUCCAAGUUGUCUGUCCUGCUCCUGGAGAAGAUGGGAGGCUCAUCUGGAGCGCUCUAUGGCCUGUUCCUGACUGCGGCUGCCCAGCCCCUCAAGGUCAAGACCAGCCUCCCAGCCUGGUCUGCUGCCAUGGAUGCCGGCCUGGAAGCCAUGCAGAAGUAUGGAAAGGCUGCCCCAGGGGACAGGACUAUGCUGGAUUCUCUGUGGGCAGCAGGGCAGGAGCUCCAAGCCUGGAAGAGCCCAGGAGCUGAUCUGUUGCAAGUCCUGACCAAAGCAGUCAAGAGUGCCGAAGCUGCAGCAGAGGCCACCAAGAAUAUGGAAGCUGGAGCCGGAAGAGCCAGUUAUAUCAGCUCAGCACGGCUGGAGCAGCCAGACCCCGGGGCAGUGGCAGCUGCUGCCAUCCUCCGGGCCAUCCUGGAGGUCUUGCAGAGCUAGGGUGUGUGACUGCCUCCCUUGGCCUCAGCUCCUCUCACUGCUGUGCUGAGGUGGCCUUUGUCACUUCUGCCUUCCAACCGUCACUUUCCCCUGGCCUGGCUCCAUUGGCCCACCCUCUAAGUUGAGCAGGAAAUCCUCCACCAAGCUUCCAGAACUACAGACAGCACCCAGAGCGAGCUGGAGUGGGUCCCCGUGCCUCUCCAGCAUGCCCUUUCCCUUUGUGAGAGGGUGGAGUCCCUGGGUCAUGCCCUCCCCUGCCAGUUCUGGGCUUCAGAGAUAAGGCAUUUUCCUUGUGCAGCCUUUAUCUGGCAAUCCUAAUUUGGUUUUAAGACUCUCUGUGAAAUGCCUUCUGCACCUUAAUCCCAAUGAGCAUGGAAAAGAAAGUUAAUAAACUAUAAUACAUGGAAGCAAGAAAGCCACUGCCUCCUCUGAGGGACCUUUUCCCAUGCAUGUAAACAAAGGGGCCCACAGCCCUGGCUGCAGGCAUCAUGAGCCAUCUUCUACCAGGCAGAUCUUUAUUACCUGAGCCCCUAAAUCAGUGUCUCCUCAGCUGGGCUGCUUCCACCGAGACCCCCGACCUGUCCCCUUUCCAGUACACACACCUGAUUCAUGUAAGAAUGGUAGGUAGGCUUUUCUCAGCAUCGAAUUAACAAUUCAUUGGCUCCUUGGGAGUCAAAUGGGCAUUUGGGACACCAGAAGGAAAAUAAAUCAUCAUGUCUAAGGUUCAGUUGUAGAUUAGAAAAUGCAGCCAGGCCGGGCAUGGUGGCUCACACCUGCAAUACCAGCACUUUGGGAUCCCUUACACUCAGGAGUUCAAGACCAGCCUGGGCAACAUGGUGAAACCCUGGCUCUACCAAAAAAUACAAAAUCAGCCAGGCA